AUGGGCGUGAAGGACCAUCUGGAGGAUGGGACAGGCCACAUCCUCAGCCUGGGGCUGGAUCUGGACUACCUCCAUGUGGAAGGUGCUGAGCGGCAGGCCGUCCUGAGCACUGCGAUUGGCGCUGGGAAUAUAGGGGUCCUACAGGUCAGAGCUGGUGCCCCGACCAACAGCAGCAACAGUAUUGCCAAUAGUAGCACCAGUUUCAGUGCUCAUUCAAGCUAUAGCAGCAGUAGCAGUUACAGUAACUUCUCUGAGGAGAGCGCUGUCUCCGACAGUGAUGAUGAACGACUUCACAAUGGGUCUGGUUCUGAAUCACAAAACCAUCAGCAAGAUCAGCCACCUCACAUUCACCACCAAGAAUCAACCGCGGUCUGUCAGACAGUCAGGCUGGACCUGACACCUAAUCGAUCCCUUGGAGAGCUCCCACAGCCAGAAGCAUCGUCUCCCGCUGACCCCGUCACAGACUACCGCACCAAGGUGGAGUUCGCUCUCAAGCUGGGCUACUCUGAGGAGCUAGUGCUGCUGGUGCUGAGGAAACUGGGCCCAGACGCAUUAAUCAAUGACAUCCUGGGUGAGCUGGUCAAACUGGGAACCAAGACAGAGAUGGAGCAGCAAGGAGGUCUGACUGUCUCCCAGUUUCCCUCUUCCUCUUUGUCAUCCUCCUCCUCCUCCUCCUCCUCCUCCUCCUCCUCCUCCUCCAACUCCUCUCUAGACUCCUGUCGGCUAAGGUAUCCGUCGCAGCUGCUGGAGGACAAAGAAAACCUUCGUCCUGUUGUGGUGGAUGGGAGCAACGUAGCAAUGAGUCAUGGAAACAAGGAAGUGUUCUCCUGUCAAGGCAUCCAGCUGGCUGUUGAUUGGUUCUUGGAGCGAGGUCACCGUGACAUCACUGUUUUCGUCCCUGCCUGGAGAAAGGAGCAGUCGCGACCUGAUGCCCUCAUCACAGACCAAGAGAUCCUCCGCCGGCUGGAGAAAGAGAAGAUCCUGGUGUUCACUCCAUCUCGGCGUGUGCAGGGACGCCGCGUGGUUUGCUAUGAUGACCGCUUCAUUGUCAAACUGGCCUACGAGUCGGACGGCAUCAUUGUUUCCAACGACAACUACCGUGACCUAGCCAAUGAGAAGCCAGAGUGGAAGAAAUUCAUCGAUGAGCGUCUGCUGAUGUACUCCUUUGUAAAUGACAAGUUCAUGCCACCAGAUGACCCACUGGGACGCCAUGGACCCAGUCUGGAGAACUUCCUGAGGAAGAGGCCUGUUAUUCCUGAAAACAGGAAGCAGCCAUGUCCUUAUGGGAAGAAGUGCACAUAUGGACACAAGUGCAAGUUUUACCACCCUGAAAGGGGAAGCCAGCCCCAGCGUGCCGUGGCUGAUGAGCUCCGUGCCAGUGCCAAAAUUUCAUCAGUGGCUUCCAGAGGCCUGCUGGAAGAUGCCCUGAUGGGGAAGAGCCAAAGUUCUGGGCAACCAAAAGGAAUGGCUGUGGCUGAGCAAAGUCAAGGCACGCCAAAGAAACAGCAUGGCUCCAGCCCUCGGCACUCGUUCAGUGACCUCCUGGCGGACAGGCUUCGGGUCCAGUCCAAAGUGGAGGGACGCAGGGGAAGCAACAGCAGCAGCGGCAGCAGCUGUAGCAGCAGCUUUCUAGGGCCUCCUGCUCCAGGGGGGCCCCCUUCAUCAGGAAGCCUGGACCGAUUGGAGCACCCUGGAGGAAGUGUUGAAGGCAGCUCCAGGGUUGCUGGAGCCUCGGGACUAAGCAUGUCUGAGACUUACCACAGAUGCGAGUCUCCAGACCUGGGCUACAGCUCGCUGGUAAAGGCCUACUCUAGCCUCAGUCUGGUAGUACCACAGAGUCCUGAAUGCUUCUUCCCAGCUGAUCUGCGAGCUGGAUCACUGCCAUCAGACUGUAGCAGUGAAGGCAGUGUCAGCUCAGACUCUUUCUCCCCUGACCCCUUGUUAGAUGAUGGACCCAAGUGCCACCAUCACCACCACCAUCCUCACCACCAUCAUCACUGCUCUGGCCAGUAUGCCUACCCUGCAAGCCGUGUGCCUCCUGGUCUGGGCCAGCAUGCUCCCCACAGCCAUCACAUUCCUCAGGCACUGCGGAGACAACAUGCUUUUGCAAUGGAUGACCCUCCACCUUCCAUCACCUCUCAUGCAUCUCCACGUCCCUUCAAGCCUGCUUCAGCCUACAUCCCACCCCACCCUCAGCAUCCACUGCUCAGCAGUUUCCCAGCGGAAUUCCAAACUCGUCCACCUCAUCCACCCCAAACACCAACUGCUCACUCCCACUCUCAGAACUCUCCCCUCCGCCGCAAUGUGAUGGGCUCCCUUUGGCAGGAAGGCGGGCUGCAGGACUCCCAAGUGUACAAAGGCUCACCACUUCAUCCCAGAAGAAGCCACUCCGGUCUAAACCAACAACCACAGCAUCAGGUCAACUGGGACCCCCAGUACCAGCAGUCCCCUAAGCCUUGCUAUGAUCUGUUUGCCUUCCAGAGCCUUCCAGAAGUCCGCGAGAAGGCUUGGCACUCUCCUUGGGCCAGGCAGGUCCAUCCAUCACCCCCAAUGUCCAGUCUUCCACCACUCCCACAGCUGUCCCUACCAUCCAUCACUAACCACAAGGGCCACCUGCCUUCAGUGCCCCAGCACCAGGAGCCCCCUGCCUUGGGUCGAUACCAGGACCUCAGGGAGAGGGUGUUCGUUAACUUGUGCCGCAUCUUCCCUCCAGAUUUGGUGCGGAUGGUGAUGACGAGGAACCCUCACGUGAUGGAUGCUCAGGAGCUUGCAGCUGUGAUUUUGAUGGAGAAAUCGCAGCAUGUUUCUUGAAUUAAGCCAGAAGGUGAAGCUAAAGCUUCAUCAUAACAGUCUUCUGCAGGUUUCUCUUGCAAUCAUCUUUAUUAUUAAUGUCAGGUUGCACAUAACCAAACCAAAAGCACAAGAUAUAAAGCUCCUUAAGCUGUGGACUACUUAUUUCAAGUGCAGGGAAGUUGUCUCAUUAAUUUUUAAUUGUGCUUUUGUAAAGGGAAAUCCCAAAAUCGCCAUAUUUUUUCACAAAUAUGCCUGAUAUUUCAGCACUUAAAAUCAGGAAAGGAUGGAGCUUAAUGUGCAUGUUUGGGCUUUUGGUUAUGAGUCAAGACACCUGUGUGCUUA